AUGACACUCCAUCGCAAAUCGUCACCUCUUCCUCGCUUUGGAUCAGAUCCGAAACCAGGCAAAGCAAAGAGUCCACCAUCGACCAAAGCAUUUGUUCCAAUAAGAGUUCCAAUCCAUGAAAAGAACUUAAUCCAAGUAGAGUUUGCUUUGAAACUUUAUUUCCUUCAAAAUAAGACCAAUUCCAUUUCCUACCGACAAUUCUGUCAGUCACUCGCACCAAGACUGGUGUUGGAGCCUCCGUCCUCUGUUCUAGAGGCAGCUGCACCUUUUAAAAGCGAAUCAUCAUCAUCAGAGACGGUACAACAGAGAGAAAAUAUAAGAUGCUUGUCGAGAGACGAUCGGUUAUGGCACGAUCUGACGUGCAUUUUGGUUCCUCAAGUUUACGACAUGGAGGCAUCAAGCAAUGCCAGAAUCGAUGCAUCACCAUCAACAGGAAAGGCCGAGGACAAUGGGAAGGCGACAACUACAUUAGUAAGGCGAAAGGACUCGAAACAGCAGGUAGAAUUUGUGAAGGAGCUGAUACGCAAAGCAUCAACAAGGGGAAUCGACAAGAUGCUGUCCGAGGAAGUUAUCAGAAAGAUACACGAGGACAAGCAAUAUCUUUUGAGGGAAAAGGAAAAGAGAAAGCAGCAAAAACCAAUUGGGAAGGAUACAUCGAAGGAAACCAUCAACGCAACAACAAUACUUGCUUCUAAUGCAAUCAUCAAACCAGGUAUGACACUCGAACAGCGCGUUCGUGCUCGAGCUGCUCAACGAGACCAAGCGCUGCAGAAAGUCAGCAAGAAUGAGGAGAAGGACAAAUCUAUUGAUCUCGUCAAGGUUGCGGAUGCGCUCUUUAGUCAUGCACGGCUUUUGAUGCGAAAGCGGAAACGGAAGCUGCAACAAAAUAAUCGGCUUUUGGCGACAUCGGCAAAGCCGAAAGUGGAGUCCUCGAUGUGUGUCAUGCUAUUGCAGGAUAUCCUCCCGGCCAUUCCAAAUAUGACCCGACCACAGAUAUCCAAGUAUAUUGAAAAUCUUUCUAGAGACUACCCGGAACUGAUUCGUUGGAAGAAUCCUAACGGAUAUCGACCUCGAGAGGAAAAGCUAUGUCGAAAGGCUACAAUUUGGUUGGAAACCGGGGACUAUCAAAAUGUUCGAACAAAGAUUAGCGGCCAAGCGACCAAUCACGAGAAUCAGAUAUCACCGGCGAUUCGGCGGUUGAAUUUCUCUCUCCCCAAUACUUCGGCUUUAUCUGGUCAAAAGCGAAGCAGUGACGCUGUUGGAAAAGACAACCCGCCGGCAGGAUCAAAGCGGCAGAGUACGAGCACAUCGAAACCAACGGAACAAGAGAAAAAGGGGAGAUCUUGA